CCCUUCUGUCUAUAAGGCAGAUUGUGUGUGGUCGGAAGGCUGCAUUACCGGCGGGUAGCCUUUUCCAUUCACAGUCAGGAUAUCCCUCUCUCUCUCAACCUCUGGCUCUGUCCUCUUCUUGUUGCAAUUGGAGUAACGUCAAAGCAGGCUGGGAGGGACCAGCCAGAAACCAACAAAAAAGUAACUACGUAAAAAGGUCCUGUCUACAACUGACGGAGGCUCAAAGUUCAGAAGUUUGCCUGUGCAGCAGAGCUUGACUUUGCGGGACUGUGAGACCAAUACACUAAAGAGAAAGAAGCUGGAAAAAGUACGGACUCCGAAAAAUAUAUAUAUAUAUAAAUAAAUAAAGACUGGUACUACUACUACUGACGUCCAAGCCAUGCAGGCUCGCUACUCGGUGUCCAGUCCCAGCUCGCUGGGAGUAGUACCCUACCUUGGCAGUGAGCAGAGCUAUUACAGGGCGGCUGCGGCGGGCUACCCUGCCAUGGCAGGCCCAAUGGGCAUGUACUCUCACCCAGCUCAUGAGCAGUACCCAGGCAGUAUAGGCCGAGCCUACGGGCCCUAUGGAGCAGCACCACCCGGCCACCCUCCGCCUCCACAGCCCAAGGACAUGGUAAAGCCGCCUUACAGCUACAUCGCUUUGAUCACCAUGGCCAUCCAAAACUCGCCGGACAAGAAGGUAACCCUCAAUGGCAUCUACCAAUUCAUUAUGGAACGUUUUCCUUUCUACCGGGACAAUAAGCAGGGCUGGCAAAACAGCAUUCGCCACAACCUUUCGCUCAAUGAGUGCUUUGUAAAGGUGCCCCGAGACGACAAAAAACCGGGCAAGGGGAGUUAUUGGACCCUGGACCCCGACUCCUACAACAUGUUCGAGAACGGCAGCUUUCUGCGCCGCCGCCGCCGUUUUAAGAAAAAGGACGUGGUAAAAGAGAAGGAUGAGCAGCGUGACCGCCACCCAAAAGAAUCCAACCUGCAGACUACAACGCAGGCGACCAGUGAGCACGAACUGAGUCCCGGUGUACAGGGUGCCUCACAGCAGCCGUUACGCCUUCAAGACAUUAAGACAGAGAAUGGAAGUACAUCACCUCCUCCCCCAGUUCUAAGGAGGUCACUGUCGCCAACAGCAGCUGUGCAUGUCGUACCCAAGAUUGAGAGCCCGGACAGUAGCAGCAGUAGUAUGUCCAGUGGCAGUAGCCCUCACAGUAUAGCUGGCUCCGGUCGCACUCUGAACCUAGAAGGCACAGGUAAUAGAGAACAACACAACCAGCAGCACCAGAUCCAGGCAUUCAGUGUUGACACUAUCAUGACCUCCCUUCGAGGGUCUCCCCAUCACCAUCCCCAACAGCAGCAGCACAGCCCCAGUGACUUAAACACUACCCUCGGUCCCUCCAGGUCACUGCCGCUCACAUACUCACCAACCCAGUCCUCUAUUUACAGCUCUACUUGCAAUCAAGGCGCAAGUCCAAACAACGGCAGUUCUGCAGCUGGCGGAUCCUAUCACUGCAACUUGCAAGCUAUGAGCUUAUACUCGGGGGACAACACCAGAGCAGGGCAUAUGGCUAACCCAACGGUGGACGACGGUCUGCCUGAGUAUUCAAUUACAACCACCACCAGCAGUACUGCUUCCCCUCUGGGUCACGGCAGCCUCGGUUCCAGCCAAGAUGGACAUCACCAUCCACACCAAGGACGCCUAGCAUCGUGGUACUUAAACCAAGCAGGGGAUCUGAGUGCGCUUGCUGGUACCACCUAUCCAGGAAGCCAACAGCAGCAUCAGCAAAACUUUCACUCAGUACGGGAGAUGUUUGACUCUCAGAGACUAGGCCUAGGCAGCUCACCAGUGAAUGGAACUACUAGCAGCUGUCAAAUGGCUUUUCCUGGUAGUCAGUCCCUCUAUCGCACUCCAGGUGCUUUUUUAUAUGACUGCAGCAAAUUCUGACCAAAAACCUUUUUCAACACCCAGAGCAAAACGUUUUAAAGAUUCUUAAAUGAAAACUGCAGUCAUUAAUUUUUCAGAGGGCACACACAUACCCUGGUUUGCAAAGGACACUGUAUCCCCUAAAACACGUAAGUUCUUCUUGGUUAAAAAAGACAUCAGUAAUUGAGUUGCUUGUCAGAAGUACCAAACGAUUUAUAAAACGUAAUUGUGUUGUCCAUUGACUUACUACUGUAAUUUGCAUAUAUUAAUUUAUUUUUCAAUUUGUAGUCGUAUAUUGUGGACCAAAUGCAAAAAACAGUGUUUCAGAAGCUGACAUCGGACUGCCUAAGACAUUUUUUUUUCAGUAGAAAAAGGUUAACCUUUUUGCAUUUCCCUCUUUGUUGAAAAUACUUUGAAGGUAUUGUUUGUUUAUUAAUAAAUGUCCAUUCUUGUGGAAUGCUA